AUGCUUGAUCGCGAAAAUGAGAGUCUUUCAGAUAAUGGCUCUUUAUAUGACACUGAUUCGUCAUCUAACUAUGGCGGCCUUAUCGCCGACGUGAUGGGGAUGGGCAAGACCCUCAGUACACUUGUCACCAUCCUACAUACGUUGGGAUCUGCUCGUGACUUUGCCGACUUCACUUUUUCCCAGGCUGCCCAAGAAACACCUACGAGAGCCACUUUGGUUGUCGUACCCUCACGGCAGCUGAUUGAUAACUGGCAACUCGAGAUUGAACGUCACAUGUGUGGAGCUCUGCACGUCACAGUGUUCCAUGGGGAACAAAAGCCUCGAGAAUACAAGCCUCUCAUGGACACAGAUUUGGUUCUCACAACAUACUCCACACUUGCGGCCGAUUACAAGAAAAGCGAUUUACUUCACAAGCUGGAGUGGUAUAGGGUGGUCCUUGACGAAGCACAUGAGAUACGAAACUCUUCCACCCACUACUUCCGGGUCGCUUCGACUCUCAAUACCAGCAGACGGUGGUGCUUGACAGGCACACCCAUUCAGAACAAGUUAGAAGAUCUCUCAUCCCUUGCAGAAUUCCUUCGGCUACCUCUAGAGAUCUCCGACAAGGAGGAAAACAACAAAAAGACCUAUUCUGCGAAAAAUACAUUCCGAAAGCACGUCCUGGAACCCCUCUCCAGCGGAGGCAUGUGCGACUCUCAGCCAUUACGAACCUAUCUCCGUCGGUAUUGUCUUCGCCGAACAGAUAAAUGCCUCGAUCUUCCCUCUUCGACAGCUACGACCAUCUAUCUAGCUCUGUCUGACCAGGAGCAGAAGCUUUAUGAUGCCAUUUUAAGCAGAGCAAAAUGGGCCUUGGAUGACAUCGUCAGUGGCAACGAUAAAGGUGCCCUCAAGCUCUACAACGUACUAUUCACUGCUACCUUGAAGAUGCGUAUGAUGUGCAAUCAUGGAACUUUGAGCCCUCUAUGGGCCUCUACGGGUUCCCUCACGCCGCAGAACGGGGACAUUAGCGCAUCUUGUGAGCGAUGCUCAUCAUUAGAUGAAGGCUGCGAUGAUAUUCAGUUCUGCCCAGACUGCCGCCGCCCUCUUCGUGCCAAUAGUCCAUCCGUGAGUGGAAGCAGUCCCAACCCAACAUGCUUGCUAGGGGAUGGCAUCGUAGAUACGAUUGAUCUCCAUAGCUCGUUGCAGACAGAUUUGUUCUCAACGAAGCUCAAAGCUGUGGGAAAGCAAGUACUUGAAGCUGGAGCGGGUACCAAGCACCUCAUCUUUUCUCAAUGGAUACCCACUCUAUACGGCCUCGUCCACAUAUUUAGAGACGCAGGGGUCUCUACGCUUCUUUUACAUGGAAAAACAAGCAUCUCGGAACGAACAAGCCUCAUAAAGAUCUUCCAAGAGGACCCUCAAGCGUCCGUUCUUAUCAUGUCUGUGGGUACAGGGGCAGUCGGGCUCAAUCUCACAGCGGCGAGUCACGUACACGUCGUUGAACCGCACUGGAAUCCUUCAGUCGAGGCACAGGCCAUCGCUCGGGCAAUUCGCAUGGGUCAGACGAAAAAUGUCAUCGUGACGAGGUACAUCAUGAAAGGAACAGUGGAAGAAAACAUUGUUGCAUUACAGACCAAGAAGCAAACGCUCGCGAAGUUGACAUUCGACACUGGUAAUGGAGUUAACGAGAACCUGGAGAUAAGAUGA